GAUAAUCAAUAAGGAACAUUCUCCCAUUUCUCUUUCCGUGGAUUUGUGCAAAGUCUACUUCAAUAUUUGUGUUUCUAAUUAUGUAAUUUGUUUUAUAUUCACCUCCAUAUCACAUCUUUAGCCUUCUGGCACGUAGGCUGCAACUAAUAAUUGUUUGAUUGUGGCAUGGGAAUGGGAAUACUCAGAAGUCAUCGACCUGUUGUUCUUCGGUCUUGGAACUUCUUCACUGUGUAUAGAGAUCGAUGGGACGCUUGGCUCCAGCUGAACGACGGGAAGCAGGUUCAAGGACGAGCGAAGGGACUAUUUUCUCGUAUAACAUUCCGCCAGAACCUUUACCUUGGAGGGUCUCCUAACAUUAGCCUUGUAAAUGAAAGAACGGGAUGUCAACAGGGAUUUAUAGGGUGCGUGCGCCACUUGGAGAUUAAUACUCGAGAGUACGACUUCCGUUCUGGUAGCAGAGGUGACGCCGUCGAAGGUGCUGACGUGGGGGAAUGUAGCGCUGACGUGUGUAACAAGGUCACGUGUCUUCAUGGUGGACAAUGUGUGGCAGAAAGCCCCGAUCAUUGGAUUUGUUUGUGUCCGCUAGGUUACACUGGUGAUUUCUGCGAACGAGCUGUAGAGCUCAUUGUUCCAUUCUUCAACGGAUCCUCCUAUCUUCAGUAUUCUGGCUUGGGUAGUUCGGCUCUUUUGUUUAUUGAAAUUCUCAUGGUCUUUAAGCCCGAGGGACCAGACGGAAUCCUCUUCUACAACGGAUAUAAAAUAGAUGGAGCAGGUGACUUCAUGGCUAUUGGACUGGUUGACGGAUUUGUUGAAUUUCGAUUUGAUUUAGGCACUGGACCUGCCAUUGUCAGGAGUCUAGAACCAGUAGGGAUGAAUGAGUGGCAUACUUUGUUUGUGUCCAGGACAGGUCGUAACGGUAUUUUGGAAGUGGACAGUCAACCCCGUGUAGAGGGUAUGUCCCAGGGUGCCUUUACUCAGCUGUCCCUACCUCUGAAUCUCUAUCUAGGGGGCGUUCCUGACUUGGACGAUGUAGCUGAUAAAGCUGAUAUUAAAUCCUCGUUCUCAGGGUGCAUUCAGAAGAUAGUAGCCCAGAUAGUCCUUUCCAACGAAGUUGACUUUGACGUCAACAGCGAGAAAAAUAUCGUUAUCAUAAACAAUAAGCCAUUGAAGUUAUUAGAAGAUGCUUUAUCUGGAGCAAAUGUCAUCAACUGUGAUCACCAGUGUGCUGACAAGCCUUGUCAAAAUGGCGGGAGCUGUGUUCCAAAAAUAGAUUUCUACGCAUGUCAUUGUCCGCUAGGAUUCGCUGGCAACAACUGCCAAAAAGAGAUUAGAGGGAUGAUAACCGAGCCCAUGUUUUCAGGAAACAGUUAUCUCUACUACACAGACGAAGAUAUUAUGACACGGGUACGAGGAAAGGAGUUGGACAUCCAGUUUCGUGUCAAGGCCUACUCACCUCAUGCACUAAUUCUAUGGGCAGGAAACAAGAAAGCAUCAUCUUCUGGAGACUUUCUGGCUCUCGGGAUCAAAGAUGGCUUCCUUCAGCUACACUACAGCUUAGGUUCUGGAGAGGUCAAUAUUGUCCACAACUCCUCACGAAUAGAUGACGGAAAAUGGCACUCUGUUCGGGCAGUAAGGUACGAACAACGGGGUUCCUUACUAAUUGAUGAUGGAUUGAUAGAAACAGGGUCCUCUGGUGGACAGUCGAGUGAGCUCAAUGUUAAUAAUGGCCUUUAUUUCGGUGGAAUGAAAGACAUUGUCCAUAGCACUUUCAACCAAUACCAGCGAGGGCUAGUAGGCUGUUUUUCGAAUGUCACCUUGUCCCAGGACCUUCGUAUUCAGCUCGUGACUCGUGCCGCCAUGGGUGUCAACAUUCAGCCUUGUGUAUGACCACUCCAACCUCCACACUUCGGCGGAGGAAUUGACAUACUAACGCUUCCGAAUGUUAAACAUUGCAUGUGCCAUUGUUACCUGAACCACGGCUGUUUUGUGGACCUCCAUGUAAUUCCCGUCAACUAGGCGAGUUAGUGGCGUAUUUUCAAAGAGACGCUGUUUAUUGGCUAGGUGUGAAAGAACAGUAAAAAAUGUAAAAAGAAAAAUGUGAAUUUUAGUAGAAAGUUCCUGCACUUUCUGCCGUAAUAUUUACAGUGCUUUAGUGAGGAUAUGAAACAGUUAUUCGAGUUGAGAUGACCAGCGAUCGAGCCUGUGUACGUAAUAAUAAUAAUAAAAAAAAACAUGGAACUCGGGUCAGCUGGUGAUUGUCUUGAUGCCUUUACUGUGUUCAGUGGUUCGUGUGCUGGCACGGUUCAUUGUUCUUGUUUGUCUAAGAUAUAUAUAUAUAUAUUGGGAUCGAUGUGGUCCUCCUCUUACAACAGUCUUGCUUAUUCAUCUCGUGUACGUCACCAAGAAGUAGCCUAUGUUAUCACAAAUCAAAAUCUGAUGCCCCAGGAUUUAUACAGUGAUCUGACCUGAAUAUAUACUACUCUUAGUCUUAGGAGUCAGUUUGCGAGUUUAACGACCAAGAUCCAUAGGUACACUUAAACUUGAGUUUCAAUUGAACUAGAACACUUUAUUACCAAAAGAAGUUAAAUUCUAAGAAAGUACUGAUAUAGAACAGAGUAUUUGUACGUAUCCAAAUCUUUAAAAGAAACAAAACUUCCUAUAUAUAUAUAUAUAAGGUACGCUAAUCGGUCGCGAUUUUAAAGUAUGUGAUAUUUGCUAGUAGCAGGUUCUUGUAUUACUGUACUGUAAUGUUUAUUAAUUAAUGUCAGGUGUGAUCUUAAUUUCUUUAGAAAACUUACACAUCACUAAUACCUAUGAUGAUUUCACUAAUAUGUAUGAUGACGUUGGCUGUUUAAAGUUAACACGUGACAAAUCGGUUGCUGUACAUGUUGCAUAAGUUCUAAUUACCUCAUAACUUUCUGUUGAAAUGUGAUUACAGAUCCCAGUUUAAAACGUUCCUUGAUAUGGUUAUGAGAUCCACACAUUAUUUUUAUCAAAAACAUAUAAUACGAUGUCUUUUACUGGUAAAAUGUUACUUACAAAUAUCAUAUGAAUUCAGGCUUAUAGGCUACAGUUUAAAGUUAAACAAGUAAUAAUUAAAAUGUUAGCCUGGAACACGCCAACUGUUGUAACCUACUCGCAGUAAAGUUUCUAGUUAGUUUGACGGUUCGUUACACUUAAUGUGGUUGAUAUUAAUAUCUAUCAUAUUAGAAGACCUCUGUAUCAAUAAAUAAACAUACUUAUACCCAA